AUGAAGUUUCUUUGGUUGUUGCUAGUUGUUGCGGUGGCCGCUCAACUCGAUGAUCACAUCGAGGAGGAGGAGCUCGAAGAUCCUUAUAAUGAGGAGGAUUAUGAGCAUUCUAGGGACAGAAGGAACUUAGACGAACAUUCUAGAAGCAGACGAGAUAUAGAGGAUGAUGAUCCUUAUGAAGAGUUUCUUAGAACGCGGCGGGAUAUUCGUGAGCCGUUUCAAGAUUCUAGACAUGAAAUAAAUGGCGAUUAUGAAGAGCAUUUUCGUACGCGGCGUAACGUGCACGAAGGUCCUUUUGAAGAGCAUAUAAGAGUGAAGAGAUGUACUUACGAAGAUGUUCCUGUAAGCCGCGUUCGGCGAUCAGCAGCUAGAACCCCUCGUCAAGUCCAUCAAUAUGAAGUCCACGAAUUUACCGAUGGGGAGAGUUAUCCUUCGCCUCCAUAUGAAGAGAUGUUAGCGGCUAGCGCUGAACAUUAUCAUAAGGUUUACGCAGCUCCUAAUACGAGGCCAGAUGUGAGUGUGCCUGUUGUGUACCGUCCUGUGCCGUCUGUGUUGUCCGUGCCAUAUAAACAAGCUCGUCAAUUAUCCCAACCUUUGUACACUAACCCACCUGCCCCCGCAGCAUACGUUCAACCUCACCCAGGUCAAACUCCUUUGCAAGGAUAUGCCAAAGUGCCCCAAUAUUCUCAAAAUCUGGUUUCAAAGCCUCAAUCAGCCUAUCAAGUUUCUCCUACAAAAUCUGUAGCUCCCCAAUAUUCUCAAAAUUUAGUCGCAAAACCCCAAAUCCACCAACUAUCUCAGCCUUCCAAUCCUGUAGCUCAAACCAACCAGCAACCAUUCCUAGUGCCAGUAAAAUCCUCAAUCCAAGUAGCGGACGCUCCCAACUCCUUCCUAAGUCAAGGCAUCAUCCAAGCAAAAGUCCCUCUGUCUCCAGAGCCCGUUGCCAUAGCAACGGUGGAGGAGGUCCCUCUGUUGAAGGAUCAAGAGGAAGCGGCGGCGGUGGUGAAGCAUAACAAGCAUGCGACGAGGCACAAGCAGGGGGGAGGGCAUGCGAAGCAUGCGCACCAUGACGCGCAUAAGGGAGGCAAGACCUCAAGUGGUUUCAAACACGACCACCACGUAGACAAAGGAGCUAAAGGCUUCAAAACCGAUGAACUCCAUAAGAAAGAAUAUGAAGAGGCUGAAGGAAAACAGAAGAAACACCACGAUAAAGCUGAUCAUAAGGGAAGCCAUGAAGAGCAAGCCCAUGGACAUAAGGGCGCGAAGUUUGAUGAGAAGAAAGGACACAAGAAGGGACAUAAGACGAAAGGCUAUCACAACAAAUACCACAAAGACGAGUUCCACAAAGAACACAAGUUCUACGACGACUACCACAAGAGCGGCGAACACCACAGAUAUGGCAAAUUCAAUGCCAAACACGCCAGCAACGAAAGUGGGAAGAAGAAAGCCCAUCAUGUUAACGCUGGACAUGACUUCGUUGAGCGAGGCAAGAAGGGAUACAGUAACAAGGGCCACCUGGACGCAGACCACAAAGGCUACAACGGUAAGCAAGGCCACGAAGAACACCACGAGAAGCACUCCUCACACGGCAAGAAAGGAGGCAAGGAAGGAGGUUCACACUGGAAACAUGCCAAGAACUAAAACUCACCAUGGUACAGAAAGUCUCCUAAAAGUUGCAGAAAAGUUUAGUAAAAGGUUCAUGAUAGAAAAGUAUCCGUGUAGAAAAUUUCUCAAUUUAGGAAACUUUUUGUCAAACAGUAAAAAAAGCUACUAUGAUGCGGAGUCUCCUAAAAAUUGCAGAAAAUUUUAGUGAAUGGCUUUUGAUCACGAUACAAAAGUUUUCAUGAAGAAAAUUUGGCAAUUUAGGAAAAUUCGUCGCGUCGAAUACAAUGCCAUGAUUUAGGACUAUUUUUAAGAUAAAAAAUCUCCGUGAUGCGUGAUAAAAUAAGGCUUCAGUUACCUGUGUGAAAUUAUAUGCAACCAGGUAUGUCACCACUUGUUUUGACAGACGACAUAUAAUUUCUUAUAUUAAAGCCAGUUCCAUGAAUACUAAACUUAUUAUGGCCUUAAUUUAAGGAUCGGUAUGAUUCCUAUAAGGGUUACAUGUUACAGGUCGAUUCACGAAAGCGGGCACGAAUGAAAUGAACGAAACUUUGAUUGUGUGAGUGACACCUGUAUUGGUAUACAGUCGUAACUGUCAAGAGCCACCAUUUUAUUGGUUAAUCUGUCACACACAUGCAUAUUUUCAUUCAAACA